AACAAACCUCUCGCCCUCUGCUGCUGCUGCUGCUCCUCCUCCUCCUCCUGCGGAUGCUCUCUUCUCCUUCCCUUCCCUUCUCGUCUCUUCCCUUUUGGCCCCUUCCCUUCCUCCCUUCCUUCCUUCCUCCCUUCCUUCCUUGAUUGCGGAGCAGGAAGUCUGGAGCAGCGAUUUUCGUCUUCUGGCUCCUGCGCAACUUGCUUGCAUGCUGUCAUCUUUUCUUUCCUUCCCUCCUUCGUUCGUCGUCUCGGCCAGUCUCUUCCCUUCUCUUCUUCUCCACUCUUCUCCUCUCGGCCUCAUCCGGAUGCUUGGUCGGUCGUCGGCCAUCGCUGUUCGCCGCUGAUGCUGCGGUGCGGCUCAUGUCCGUCUCACUCUUGCCAUCGCAUCGUCCUCGCCUCAGAGCAGCAGCCGUCGCGGGCGUCCGGAGCGCAGGGGAUCCGUCAUCGGACGCGAGGCUGGUGAUUUAGCAGUUGCGGCGGUGGGAAAGAGGUUGAGAUUGGAGUUCUUGAGGAACUUGUGGUGACGUUGUAAUGGAUGCGAAGGAGACGAGGCAAUUGCGAAGGUUAGUGUCGGUUGAAGUGUAGGCAAAGAAGUAAAGGGUUGCCAGAGGGAAGUCAACUCAGGAGGCCAGGAUUGUCGGAGCACAAGGAGGAUGACUUCGACCGCGGGCCAACCGCAGUUCCGCUACACUCAGCCUCCUUCGAAGGUUCUACACGUCAGGAAUUUGCCAUGGGAAUGCAGUUCAGAAGAGUUGAUAGAACUAUGCAAGCCUUUUGGGAAAGUUGUGAAUACGAAGGUCAAUGUCGGCGCAAAUCACAACCAAGCUUUCGUGGAAUUUGCUGAUCUGAAUCAGGCUAUAGCUAUGGUCUCUUAUUACGCAUCCUCAUCCGAGCCUGCCCAAGUACGAGGGAAAACUGUGUAUCUUCAGUAUUCCAAUAGGCAAGAAAUUGUCAACAGCAAAAAUUCUGGGGACGUUGCCAGCAAUGUGCUUUUGGUGACAAUUGAGGGCGUAGAGGCCGGUGAUGUCAGCAUUGACGUUUUACAUCUGGUAUUUUCCGCUUUUGGCUUUGUGCAUAAGAUAGCAACUUUUGAGAAAACCGCUGGCUUUCAGGUGUGUACGACUGGCUUUCAGGCCCUUGUUCAAUACAGUGACUCCAACACCGCCGCCUCGGCCAAAUCAGCACUUGAAGGACGUAGCAUUCCUAGAUAUUUAUUACCAGACCACGUUGGGCCUUGUCAUUUACGCAUCUCUUUCUCGGCACACAAUGAUCUAAAUGUGAAGUUUCAGAGUCAUAGAAGCAGGGAUUACACGAAUCCCUACUUACCUGUCGCUCCUUCUGCUAUAGAUGGUAACGGGCAGUUUGGAGUCGGCCCCGACGGUAAGAGAAGAGAACCUGAAAGUAAUGUGCUGCUCGUUUCUAUCGAAAAUAUGCAGUACGCGGUCACCAUCGACGUCCUCCACACGGUAUUCUCUGCCUUUGGUACUGUGCAAAAGAUAGCAAUAUUUGAGAAGAAUGCGGGCUUCCAAGCCUUGGUACAGUAUCCAGACGUGCCAACUGCAGUUGCUGCUAAAGACGCACUAGAAGGACACUGCAUCUACGAUGGUGGCUUCUGCAAGCUUCAUCUUUCAUAUUCUCGGCACACUGAUCUCAAUGUAAAGGUGAACAAUGAUCGGAGUCGAGAUUAUACCAAUCCAGGUCUUCCCGCUAAUCAACAAGCCGUUUUGGGACAAGCACCGGUAGCUGGCGGAUCAGUCCUGGAUGUAUCGCAACUUUCGCCAACAGGAUCGGGGGGCUACGGAGGAAACCAAUUCGGAAGUGGUGUGCACCCACCCCAGAACGAUGGAGGUGCAGGAAUGUCACAGAGGCCCUGGGAGUACGACCAGACGCAGAAUGGUCCCAAAGCCCCCGUUGGGCCCCCGAUGGGCGGGGGGCCCCCUCUUCUAGGACCCGGUAGCAUGCCGGGCAACAUGGGUGCGCCUAUGUCUGGUCCUGGGCCAAUGUACAGAGGCCCUCCUAUGCCAUCACCUCCAGGUGGCCCUGCUCCUCCAGGUGGCAGCGGCGGGAUGAUGAGCAAUCACGAUGCACCCUUCCAAGGAUCCGCUUCUUCCAUGUCAAUGGGGCCACCUCCCCCAUCCCACAUGGGCCCGGGUAUGUUGCCCCCUGGCCCAAAUUCACACAUGGGACCUCCCCCUCCAGGUCAUGGCAUGCCACCUCAUUAUGGCCACCAACCUAUGCACCAGGGGCCUCAAGGAAUGCCUAACAGUGGUGGUCCUCCCGUCUAUUACAUGUAGAAUUAUUCUUGAGAUUUUGUACUUAUUCUUCAUGAGAAUUUUUAGUAAGUUGUGAAAAGAGUUGCAAUUUCUCGUCUAUAAUCCGUGUGGUGACUGGCGGAUGCCCACUUUCGUUGUGCGGCCGGCGCAGAGUAUCAGGCCGAUGUUUCACUUAUAUGAGUAGGAUUUGUAUAUUUUCCGGGAACUUGUCCUCAGACUUUCAUCUCUUCCCGCUGGGGUUUAUCCAAAUUUUGGAUGGUCUG